UGUGAGAAAGAGAGAGGGAGCGACUGGUGACGCACAAGAUGACGUGUGUUGUGACGUCUUUCCUUCAAAACAAAAUACUAGUCACGUGUGAUGUCAUUCAACUAAAAAGACGUCAGUAAAGAUGGAGUGGGGUGUUACUGGUCCUUUCAAUGCGCUGCCCACAGAGCUUCUUGUCAUCAUCUUCAGGAAACUGUCCAAUGAAGAUAGGGGUUCCUGCUGUCAAGCAUGUAAAAGGUGGAGAGAGGCAAUCAUCUCUGAGCCCUCCAUGUGGCACAAGUUCGAGGUCACUGUCCAUCCUGGCUGGAACUGGAAAAAGACCCGCUCAUUUUUUGGUCACAAAGGCCCCAGAUUGUACCUCCAUGUCAGACACCUUGUAAUCAACUUGGACAGAAGAGCACAAGCACCACAAACUGUCGAUGCGCCUCAGGCAAACGCUGUUCUCAGCUCAGUGUGCAAACUGUUGCGAGCCUUGCCUGAUGACAUGACACUGACAAGUUUCUCUUGCUCGGGUUUCAAGUAUUACAAUGCUAGUAGAGACUGGAAAAGUCAUGUCAUCUGUGAAAUAUGUAAAUUUCUCAGAACUCAGAGGAGAUUUUUAGAGAAAAUCGAAAUCACUUUCGAACUUCUAACGGAGGAGAUCAUGAAGACUCUGGUCUAUGCCUGCCCUCUCCUGAGACGAUUUACUAUUCCGAUUGAUUUAAGUCUUCAACUUUAUCCUCCAAACGAGAUCCCCCAGCUGACUCUUAAUGAGGUUUUCGACAAGAACCCUAACUUGCGGUUCGUGUAUUGCCUCACGUUGGGGGACAACAUGUAUGGCUACUUUAUGAACCUGCCCAACUAUCUGAUUCGAAUACCCGUCGAGGGACUUGUUGUCGAGGUGUCCAGUAUGCACACAGUCCCACCCUUUGUCGAUUGUUACCUCCACUUGAUGGGAACCAUAAAUGGAAACUAUCUAACUUUCCUGGAGUUGUCGUAUGUGGUGCGGGGCAGGUGGUGCUAUGGCCCAGCUCUGGUGACGCUGGUAAGCCGGUGUCCCAGACUGGUGUCCAUCACAAUGAAGAAUAUCCUUCUAGAUCUGGAAACGGCGACAGCCAUCAGUGCCUUCAGCAACAAUAAUGAGCGAGGGAAGAUAAAGCUGCGUGUGGGAGGAAUCUGUGGCAGCAGUGAGGCAUCAUCCAAUGCACUGGAAGAAGGCAUUCGACAGUUGAAGGACAGUCUCGAUCUUCAAAUAUUUAUGUAAGACCAAGCUUCUUGAAAAAAGUUAAAGUGCGCAAAAAUGAUUGUAAGACAAUAAAAUAGGACUACGAAGUGAUUAGAAGAUCACGCUGAUGUCUUAGUCAAACUAUAUAACUCACAGUUUACACACUUCAUUUAACAAGUAUAUGAAUGUGUGAGGAUGCUCACCGUUACACAUAGAGAUAGAAGAGUUUCUGUGAUGAAACGGUGCGUGGCUGUAGAGGGAUGGGCCUCACUCGCCCUUAGGGGAAAGGGGUCACUCUGGCUGGCUCGCUCCGCCCUCUUUCAACCUCACCUCUCGUCCGCCCGUUCACACGUCCGCACGCGUCCUGACUAGCAGUCACACCCGCGUGCGCAAACACUCAACUGACAAGACAGUGUACAAAGUAAAAGAUUAUAAUUAAAACAAAAGCAAAUUAGGUUGACAUGAAGACACUUAAACAACAAUGAAUUGAGAAAAUAAUUAGAUCUUACGUAUCUGCACAAAUGUCCGGACACGCGGUCCGUCCCUGACACACAAUUCACAGUCUUGGAAUAAUAUCGUACUGAUAGUCCCACUCGACUGCUUCGCUUGUUG